GCCCGCUAGACCAGGCGUCUUCCCGCGGCUGGCUCCAGCCCUUACCCGCGUGGCCCCGCCCCAGCCCUCGUCCCUUGCCCAGUCCCGACCCCUGCGGAGCCGGGAUACGCGGGGACGCAGGCUCGAGGCUUCUGCUGCACCUCAGCCCACGGCCUGCCUCGCUGGAAGGUGCGGGCCGCUGGCCAGGCCCUGACCACUCCCUGAGGCCACAGUCCUCAGGCAAGGUUCUCGGUGAACUCACAGCCUGCCUCAGUCUCCCCAUCGUGAAGGCUCCGCCCCUCCCACUGCAACCUGGCAGCAUGCAGCCACAGGAGAGCCACGUUCACUACAGCAGGUGGGAGGACGGCAGCCGGGACGGAGUCAGCCUGGGGGCUGACACACGUUCCGUGUCCAGCACAGAAGAGGCCUCAUACUGCCACAGGAUCUCCCAGAAGCUGUGCUCGGGCAAGCUGGGCAUCGCCAUGAAGGUGCUGGGCGGUGUGGCCCUCUUCUGGGUCAUCUUCAUCCUGGGCUACCUCACCGGCUACUACGUGCACAAAUGCAAAUAAAUGCUGCCCGCAAGCAGGCGGGGGCUGGCGGCGCACGUGUGAGAGCGCAGGCCUGCAGGCACCCGUAUACAUGGACCCCGUGGCACACACAGUGCACAGGGCACACGCACCAGCACCCAGGCCCACGAAGACACCAGGUGCGCAGCUGUCACAGGCCCCACACGAGGGCGCACACACACCUGGCACACGGUCCUUCAAAGAAUCUACAAACAGCUGGGCACACGCAGCUGGGAGACCUGGGCCCAGCCUCAGCAGGAGCUGCGGGACACACUGCAGGUCCCAGAGCCCCCAGCCACAGCCUCCCCUGGCCCAGGGCCCAGCCCCUUCUUUGUCAAGGUCAGGAUGAGGGGUUUCUUUGGCAGGCAAACUGCUCACCUCCCUAGCAGCCCCCCAGGGAGGACCCUCCCACUGCUUCCCUCCGAGGGGGCCUUGUGCAGAGCUGUGUGCCCUGGGCAGGCCCCCGGCUUCUCUGGGCCUGAUUCCUGGUUUUGUAAGGCUGUGUGUCCCGAUUCCAACAAGGGCUGUGUGUCCCCCGCCCUUCCCUAGGGGACUAAGACCCCAGCCCCAGGUUUCCUGUGCAGAGCAGGAAGCGGGCCCUGGCCCUUGUCCCAGAUGCACCACGUCUUCCUUAGUAAAGUGGGCACAGUUCUUCCUCUUGGGGCUGGCGGUUGCCAGGGAGAACCCAGGUCUACCCUCCCUCCCCAGGGACGGUCCUGACCCCUCCACGUGCUCCUUGUGGGUCAAGACCGUGUGCACAGGGGCAGUGUCUUAAAUAAACGGUGGGUGCCAGCCUUUGCCAUA